AUGGUGCGUGCGGGGGCGUGGGUGGCGGGCGCGGGCGGUGCCCUCUUUGCUGCCCUCUACCUCAUCGCCGCCAUCCUGCAGCAACCGCUUGGCGACCAUCGCAUCGAGCAGACCACGAAGGACACGAUUCCGCUACACUACACAGAGUGGCGGGAUCCGUUGGCUGGAUGCCAAAAAGGAUAUGAGCCCGCUACCCAGCUGGUCGACGGCAAGAUAUCCAUCGCGCCUAGCACCUAUUCCUCAUCCGACUUUGAACUUCCGCGCGAAGACUUUGGCCCGCUGCCAAAUGUCCAUAUUUUCCUGAUCGACUCUGUAUCGUCAACUCAGGCUAGAAGAUUCCUCCCAAAAACCCUCGAUUUUCUGGAGCACCAGAUGGACGGCGUCCAGUUCCACCACCUGAACAAGGUGGGGGACAACAGCCGUCCCAACGGCUAUGCACUGUUUAUGGGCAAGCGGGUGUACGAGGUCGAGCGCGAGGCGCUAGGUGGGGAGGAUUUGAAGCCUGAGAUGUCGUACAAGCAGCAUUGCCAUGAGUAUCGCGAUGAGGACGCCGUCAUCUUCAAGCUGUACGAGAAAAUGGGCUAUAAAACGCUCUACAACGAGGAGUAUCUGACGGGCGAUAUGUGGAGUUGGCCGGCGACUUGCCGAGGAUUUGAAAAGCAGCCGACAACGCAUUGCUAUCGGCCGAUUCCAGCCACGCUGCUCGCUAACCAAAAGCUGCGAAGAGGGCUACCCCGGAAAUGCAUCGAACAGCACCACCUGCAAUACAAAUACCAUCAGCAAUUCCUCGAGGCGUAUCAGGGCCGCCCAAAAUUCGGCAUCACGUGGACCGGCGGGCUGGCGCACAACGACCCGAAUCAACUCUGGCACACGGACACGUUUUUUGAGGAUUUUUUCCGGCGCAACGAAAAGCUGCUCGCCGACGCGUUCGUCUUUUUCAUGGGCGACCACGGGCCGCGGAUCGGGCAGGCGAAACUC